AUUCUACUGUACUUUCCAGCUGAUCGCUUCACUAAUGAGUCUGACUGAUCAACUUGGUGCUAUUGUAUUUGGCCUCGCCAACCUAACAAUUGAUAUCCCGAUACUGGACGUGUCAGUGCCAGUACUGGAAGUGCUUCACGCGAUUCUGAUCAACUAUGCGUAUCGGUCCAUGUUACGGGGAAAUCAUGCUCACAUUGGCUGGGGUCAAGGUUUACUAGCUACCAUUGUUAUGUGCGCAGGAGGUGGCUCUACAGUCGCUAUUCUACGGGGGGAACCGUUAGGCAUUCUAAAAAGUAACCGCUUCUGGGGCAUAUACGGUACAACGUACUGGCUCAUGUUCUCAAACCCCUACUUUUACAACAUCCUUCAAUUCCUGUUUUCUAUCCCAGUAGUUGAACAAGUCGUUUGUUUAUCAGACGGUAUUCUUCGAAACUUUGCAGUAACCCGUAUCGGCGUUGACGGCGUCUCAGCAAAUCCUGCACUUGGGGAAGACAAAUGGGUAGCUAAGAUCAUCUGUGGUACUCUCGCUGGCUCUGGUGGAGGCUUGUGGAUCGAUGCUUUUCGACUCACACACCAAGAAUGGUCAUUCUCCACGCCGCGACUGCUUCAUACAGCUUCUAUCGACAUGAAGGCGUCUUUUCUGACGGCUGUGUUCUACGUUAUUUCUACUACACCUGAAUUGAGCGAAUGGAUUGGCAUACCGGGAUUGAAGCCGGUCGAAGCUCAAGCUUGGAGUGCUGUUAUUAUGUCAUCCGGUCUCGUCUAUAAAUCCCUUAUUAACCGAAUGAAUGCACAGAAACCACAGGCUAACACUGAAGAGUCCAAAAAGGACCAAUAAGUAGGCACUACUACUACAAUCCUGUACGUACAGUGCUUUCCUGUUACGUUAAAACUCGUCAUGGCGCUGCCGUUUCCUUUCCGCUAUUGAAAAUCAAUAAAGGAUCAUAAGCUUGUCUCUAAAUAGUUCAC